AACUGCGCAGCGCCAAGAUGGCGGCGGCCGCGGUCGGAGUCUCCUUGAGGCGCGGAGUCCCCGCGCGGCUCCUGCGGGCCGGGCCGCGGACGGAUGGAUCUGAGGCUGUUUUUCCCUGGAUCCAGGUGCUGCGGCAGGCGCAGACGGCGGCGGCGGCACCGCGGCUGAAGAAAUUCGCCAUCUACAGAUGGGACCCCGACAAGGCCGGGGACAAACCCCGCAUGCAGACCUACGAGGUGGACCUGAACAAGUGUGGGCCCAUGGUGCUCGAUGCCCUGAUCAAGAUCAAGAACGAGAUGGACUCCACGCUGACCUUCCGCAGGUCCUGCAGGGAGGGGAUCUGCGGCUCCUGUGCCAUGAACAUCGGAGGGGGCAACACCCUGGCCUGCAUCAAAAAAAUCGACAGUGACCUCAGCAAAGUCACCAAAAUCUACCCCCUGCCCCACAUGUACGUGGUGAAGGACCUGGUUCCGGACCUGAGUAACUUCUACGCCCAGUACAAAUCCAUCGAGCCCUACCUGAAGAAGAAGGACGAGUCCAAGGAGGGCAAGCAGCAGUACCUGCAGUCCAUAGAGGACCGCCAGAAACUGGACGGGCUCUACGAGUGCAUCCUGUGUGCCUGCUGCAGCACCAGCUGUCCCAGCUACUGGUGGAACGGGGACAAGUACCUGGGCCCUGCUGUGCUCAUGCAGGCGUACCGCUGGAUGAUCGAUUCCCGCGAUGAGUUCACGGAGGAGCGCCUGGCGCAGCUGCAGGACCCGUUCUCGCUGUACCGCUGCCACACCAUCAUGAACUGCACCCGCACCUGCCCCAAGGGGCUGAACCCUGGCAAAGCCAUCGCUGAGAUCAAGAAGAUGAUGGCCACCUACAAGCAGAAGGCAGCGACUGCCUGAGGGCUGAGUGACCCCGGAGUGACCCCAGAGUGACCCCGGAGUGACCCCAGAGUGACCCUCACACCUGUGCAGGGUUACCUGUGCACCUGCAAUAAAGGCUGUAAAGAACA